UGUUUACAUAUUGGUUCCUUGCUUCUGCCCACGUAUGCUAUAUUCUGCAAAUAUACAAUAUCACGGAACCGCCCAUCGUUGUUAUUGCUAUGCCUGCAGUGUGAGACAUUGCCGCGCAGCCGCACCACUACAGGGAACCACCGAAGCUCCUCGCUAUCUUCGCGCGUCUACGCGGCGAGCUAUCUUUGUCGCUGCCUAUAGCAACCGCGAUAAGGCGCUGAAGCAGUUCUGUCAGUUCCGCCGCGCCGAGCAACGCCUGCGAACAGACCACAGCUGCAGCAAGCAUCCGUUCGACGGGAAGCCACCAUGGUGGAUUGUCAGAAGCCGGGCUGCCAAGGCAAGCUGCAAUCGAAAGGCGCGAUGGCAGUUUGUUCAAGCUGCCGCUCAGUCAACUGCUUGCAAUGCAACGCCAUCCACGAGGGAAUGUCGUGCAAGGGGUACAUGAGGAGCAUCUCGGCCGACGUCUCACCAGUUCAAACGUCGGCCAAUCGAGGGGCCCAGAAAUUGCACACCCAACAGUACGCCACACCACGUCCAUCAACUCCUGCAGCGACCCCAGGACCAUCGCACAAGAAAACGGUGACACGUAUGGCAGAGUCGGCUGUUACGACGGAGAACGACAGUUCCGAAAUGUUGGUUACCUGCAAGGUCACAGAGUGUGAAGGCGUUGGUUGCGUGGACAAGGACACCGUCAUGUUCCGUUGUCCGAUUUGCAACCACUAUACAUGCGUGCAAUGCUCGGCUGUCCACGAAUCUAUGACCUGCGCACAAUACCAGAGGAACAAGGACAACGUGUCAGUGCCCGUAUACAAGCCUCCUGCAUCGCCCGAGGAAGAAGACGAGGAUUUCGACGCCCAAGAGGAACAGCCCGAAGCCAACGGGGAUGCGGAAGGGAUGAUCGUGGAGUGUCGUCACGAAGGGUGCGCGGGUUACGCAUACGUAGUCAAGACGGCUACUACGGCUCAGUGCGAGCUGUGCAAGCACUGGACUUGCGUGGCAUGCAAAGUCUGUCACGAAUCGCAGACUUGUGCUCAGUACAAGGGCAUCGACGUUCCAAUGGAAACCGUCGCACAACCACCGGUGCCCUCGAGCCGCAGGACAGGAAAGCAUAAGCAAGAAAAUGGCGCUGACAACAGUGGAGGUGGUUUCGUUUCAGCAGCAAGAAGCAAGUUGAGCAGUUGGUUUGGUGGUAAAGGCGCCGACGCACAGAGCGAGCCAGGGGGCGCGGAAGCUGCGUGGGACGAUUGUUCCAUGAAUUACAGAGCUGCGGAAUCUCCACUUUACAGAGACCGCAAAAAAGUGCAGGAAAAUACUUGCGACGUUUGCAACAGUUCCGAGACUGUUCUUGUUGCUGAAGGAUGCGAGCACAAUUUAUGCAGAAAAUGCAUCCGGAUGGCCGUGGAAAAACGCACAGUCUACGAAAUUGUGGGAUGUCCUGCAAAAGUGUCGUAUCAGCAGCAACAGUGUACAGGUGUUCUUAAAGAACACGAAUAUAAAGAUCACGUUUCCCGAGAAACGCUCCAGAACAUGAGAAAGAAGAGUAACUGGUUUCUCGCUGAAUGUUUCAACAAGAAAUGUUCCACUGAAAGGAAGAAAAUUUCUUUACGUGUAAGGAAAGGAAAAGAUUUUUACGUCUGUCCACAUUGCGGAAGACGGAACUGCUGGACGUGCCGUGCAGUUCACGACGGCAUGACGUGCGAGCAGUACGUGAGGAAACUUGUGCACGACAUGGACGCUGGGAAGCUCGAAGACCCCCGCGAGAAGGAAAAGCGAUUGCUGGAGCUCGUCACUGCUCACGAGCAAGACGUUGUGUCCACAUCCCAGGAAUUUGAAUGUGCCAUCUGUGUCGUGGAAGUAGAACCCGGCAAAGGGAUUAUUCUCAAGAACUGUCACCACAAGGUGUGCGGAGAAUGCCUGGCCAACACUGCCAAGAACUCCCCAACAGCAGAAGUUCAAUGCCCCUGCUUCGAUGACCAAGUACCCUGCCAGAUGACUGUUUUUGACAGCGACCUCAGGGCGUGCCUGUCGAAGGAUGACUACGCCGCACUGCAGGACAGGAGCCUGCGCGAGGCUGAGAACAAAAGCAAAGAGCCGGCGUUCCAUUGCAAGACGCCCGACUGCCGGGGCUGGUGUUUGCACGACCGCGACGUCGAGCUCUUCCAGUGCCCAGUGUGUGGCAAGGAGAAUUGCCUCCGCUGCGAGGCCAUUCACGAGGGCAUGAAGUGCGCCCAAUAUCAGGAAGACUUGAAGAUCAGGGCCCAGAAUGACGCAGCGGCCAAGGCCUCGCUCAACUUUCUCGAGGAAAUGCUCAAAACCCAGCAAGCGAUGCGAUGCCCUCAGUGCCGCGUUGUCAUCAUCAAACGGUCCGGGUGUGAUUUCAUGGUGUGCACCUCAUGCCAGACUCAGUUGUGUUGGGCCACCAGAGGAGCUCGAUGGGGCCCGAACGGUGUCGGCGACAUAAGCGGUGGUUGCAGAUGCGGUGUGGGCGGCGUCAAAUGCCACCUGACGUGCUCGACUUGCCACUAGCUUCAAAAACGUCGGCGAAGCGGUGCUGCGCAGCAGAAGGAGCACCCCUUUUCUGUCGCUCCUUUUCUGCUGUUUUCUGCCAUUCCUAUCGUCGCUCUUUCAGAGAGCCGAUAGCCCACUGACCUCCAGCGAAGAAGAUAAUGGAGGGGUGCUGUGCACACGGCCGCUGACACGCCGACUGACACACACGGCCGUGUCUACGGCCGUGUGCAUGGCACCCCUUUAUUCUCAACUCUACACCCUCACCGCGAACACACCUUCGGUGUAUCGUUGUCUCAACCCCCCCCCCCCCCCCGCAUAAACCCCUCACCCCUUACCCUCACCUUAACCCCUCACCUUACCUAUAUAUAUACUGCACUGAGAAAAGCAUAUGUCGCCUUGAAAAAGACAAGUCCACUUGCACAAACGUUAGCUCCCGCUUUUACCUUGUUCUCGUUUGGUCAUCGCCAGGAAUGACAUAUGUAUUAUAUCGCUCUAACUUUUUAUAGUACUUUUUUUAUGAACCUAAUCCAAAAUAUGGCAUCACCUCUCGCCUAUAAUAUUUCGUUCUGUUUGAACAUGCACCGUUUGUUUGUUUUAUAACUCGCAUUGUCUCAGUGUGUACGUAUUCUUGAAGAGUGUCUACCUGUUUUGUCCCCUGUGUUGACAUUGUUGCUUCAUUGCUGUGUGCGCCAAAAACGGGACCAAGGAUGCCGUCAAGUAACGGCUCUCCUCCUCUGCCCCUUUGACAAUAUAUGACUGUUGUGAAGAACAAAUAAAUUGAAUGAAUGAAC